GUGGAUUUUCAAGCGGAAAACUAAAUUUCCUUUGUCAACUUAGUCAAACGCGAUUAAAGCAACAACACAGUACCAUCCUAUAGCACAAUUAGCCAUCCAAGUGUUCCUCAACUCCUCAAUCUUGAUGUUCAUUGUAAUAAACAAAAUUAAAUAACAUAUUUUGCACAAAAAAAUCGUCUACUCUAAAGGAAAACUCAAAUAAAUAAACAAAAUUUAAAGUGAAAUUGUGUUUUAACCUAAAUUUGCAAUUGUUGCAUAAGUCGUAAAAAUCUAAAUCGUUACCACAAAUAAUCUAUACUACAAAUAAACGAAAACAAAUACAGUGAAGUGUUAAAAAAUGAGUUUCCGUGGUUUACAAGCACAAGACUCAACGGAUUCAAUUGAGAGCGCCGAACCUCGAAUAGGCCGUUAUCCCUAUACGACAUCCAAUCGGAAUAUUUUGCGCUCAAUAUCAGGACCUGGAGCUUUGGCGAUCAUACGUUCCGAUUCUCCCACAUCUAUUGCAGCGGCAAGACAGGUCAAGACACCGGUGCCCGGUGAAGUCGCCGACGAUGUGCUUCCUAAUGAAAUCUCAGCCCCCUAUGAAGUACCGCAAUUCCCUAUCGAACAGAUUGAGAAGAAAUUACAAAUACAGAGACACUUAAAUGAGUCCAUAACCACAACUCGACCUGCUAAUGCUCCCGAAAAAUUUUCCUCAAUCACUGAAGACAGUUUGGUGACAAUAGAGACCGUCGAUGCAGAGGAGCAUGAAUUGCCCAAUUUUCAACGUGUCUCUAUUUCGGGCGAGGAUACAAGUGGAGUGCCAUUGGAGGACUUAGAGCGCGCCUCCACUUUACUAAUACAAGCGCUGGAGUUGCGCGAACGCUAUAUGUUGCAUUCUGGACAGUCAUUCCCGACAACCACUCGGCGUUUUCUGAAAACCGUACACGAACGCAAUCGUUUCGGUACGAUUGAACACGAGAAUCGAAAGACCAUUGCUGCUAUAAUACGCAAGAUCAGCCUCCCCAGUUCGCAGACAGACCAUCCCAUACAUCCGCCAACUAACAAGUCCGACCCAUGGGGAUUGGAGUUUCCACCCGAUAAUGAAUAUGCUAUCAAAAGUAUUAAUGGUGUCUUCCACGUCUACAAGGAUAAGGAAUGCACAGAAAAGGUUAAGUGCGAAUAUCCAAAUCUCAAGGAGUUUGUCAACGAUAUGCAGGUGAUGUGCAAUAUGAUCGUCGAUGGACCGCUCAAAUCAUUUUGUUAUCGCCGUCUUUGCUAUCUCUCAUCGAAAUUCCAGUUGCAUGUGCUCCUGAAUGAGCUGCGCGAGUUAGCUUCACAGAAGGCGGUACCACAUCGAGAUUUCUACAACAUCAGAAAAGUGGACACUCACAUACACGCAGCCUCGUGCAUGAAUCAAAAACACCUAUUACGCUUCAUUAAGAAGACCCUUAAAAAUAAUGCUGAUGAAAUUGUGACAGUUACCAAAGGUCAACCAAUGUCACUUAGAGAUGUUUUCCAAUCGAUGAAUUUGACCACUUAUGAUCUAACUGUGGAUAUGCUGGAUGUGCAUGCAGAUCGGAACACAUUCCAUCGCUUCGACAAAUUCAAUUCCAAAUACAAUCCGAUCGGCGAGUCGCGCUUACGUGAGGUCUUCCUCAAGACGGACAACUAUUCGAAUGGCAAAUAUUUUGCACAAAUUAUUAAGGAAGUCGCUUACGAUUUGGAAGAGUCAAAAUACCAAAAUGCGGAGUUACGUCUUUCCAUUUAUGGCAAAUCACCGGACGAGUGGAAAAAGCUGGCUAAAUGGGCCAUCGAUUACAACGUGCAUUCAACAAAUGUGCGCUGGCUGAUACAAAUUCCCCGACUUUAUGAUAUUUUCAAAUCCAAUAAUUUGAUGAAUUCGUUCCAAAAUAUACUGGAUAAUAUCUUUCUACCACUGUUCGAGGCCACAAGCCGGCCCAAUGAACAUCCAGAAUUGCACCGUUUUCUCAAUUAUGUCAUCGGCUUCGAUUCUGUGGAUGAUGAGUCGAAACCGGAGAAUCCCAUUAUCGAUUUGGAUAUACUAACCCCCGAAGCGUGGAGUGAAGAGGAGAAUCCGCCAUACGCCUACUAUAUUUAUUAUAUGUAUGCGAAUAUGACGGUCUUGAAUCAGUACAGAAAAGCGCGCGGCAUGAACACCUUUGUUUUACGUCCGCAUUGCGGUGAAGCUGGGCCCGUGCAGCAUUUAGUUUGCGGCUACCUAAUGGCUGAGAAUAUUUCUCACGGCCUGUUGUUGCGAAAAGUGCCUGUUCUGCAGUAUUUAUAUUAUUUGUCUCAGAUUGGCAUUGCCAUGUCUCCGCUUUCUAAUAAUUCACUUUUCCUCAACUAUCAUCGCAAUCCGUUACCAGAAUAUUUGGCACGCGGCUUGAUUGUCUCACUCUCGACUGAUGAUCCAUUGCAAUUUCAUUUCACAAAAGAACCUCUGAUGGAGGAGUACAGCAUUGCGGCGCAAGUGUGGAAGCUUAGCUCAUGUGACAUGUGUGAAUUGGCGCGCAACAGUGUAAUCAUGAGUGGUUUUCCGCAUAAGGUCAAACAACAUUGGCUCGGCCCGAAUUACACGCGUGAGGGUGUCGCUGGCAAUGACAUAACACGCACCAACGUGCCCGACAUCCGUGUCGCCUAUCGCAACGAAACGCUGCUGGACGAGUUGUCGAACAUAUUCAAGGUGCAUGAGACUCCCAAGAGUGAGUAAGCUUGCUGCUGGAUCAACGGGUACCGACGCCACAAGCGACAGCACCCGCACAUAUUUUACACUGAGCAACCAGAAGUAUAAUCCAAUUGUGGUGCCAUGGCGAUGUAGUCAUCAUCUUCUCAUGAAUUUAUGUAACCUUCUUGAGGCUUUUUUCUACUACAUUUACCACUAAAUUACAACUACAACUACAACUACUACUAUUACUAUAACCACUACUAAUAAACUACAUAGAAUUGUUUCUAAUCGUA